AUGGCCCCGCUGUGCCCACUGCUGCUGGCCCUGGCCCUGGUGGCCAUCCCCGGUGUCCGAGGUGCCUGCCCGGCAGCCGCUGACCUCAAGAAGCCAGAUGGGACACGGACGUGCGCCAAGGCCUAUGACAAGAGCGACCCAUACUAUGAGAACUGCUGCCGAGGCGCCGAGCUGUCCAUAGAGCCGGGCACCGACCUGCCCUUCCUGCCCUCUGACUGGAGGAACGUCAUCUCCUCACUCGUGGUGGCCCCGCGCUGUGAGCUCACCGUGUGGUCCCGCAGAGGCAAGGGUGGCAAGUCUCACAAGUUCACCGCUGGUGUCUACCCGCGCCUUGAAGAGUUCCGCAGGGGCAUCUUGGGCCACUGGUCCAACGCCAUCUCCUCCAUCUACUGCAGGUGCUACUGAUGCCUCAGAGGCCCCUCAUCUCCAGCCCCUACGGAGUGAGGAGCCCUCACCCAGCCUUGUCCCUGGGGCCUGCUGAGGGCCCCGCGUCCCAACAAGAGAGCUUUCUGCCUGCCCCCUCCCACCCUGCCUUCCCUGCAAUACAGUCCUUAUGAAGUUGC